UCCGUUUCCAAGGGAGUAUGAAGAGAGUUCGUCUGUAGGGCAGGGAAGAUGGCGGACAAGCGCAAACUCCAAGGUGAGAUUGAUCGCUGCCUCAAGAAGGUGUCCGAAGGCGUGGAGCAGUUUGAAGAUAUUUGGCAAAAGCUCCACAAUGCAGCCAACGCGAACCAGAAAGAAAAGUAUGAGGCUGACCUAAAGAAGGAGAUUAAGAAGCUACAACGGCUGAGGGACCAGAUCAAGACAUGGGUAGCAUCCAACGAGAUCAAGGACAAAAGGCAGCUUAUCGAAAACCGCAAGCUCAUUGAAACGCAAAUGGAACGGUUCAAAGUUGUGGAACGAGAGACCAAAACCAAAGCUUAUAGCAAGGAGGGCCUAGGUCUGGCUCAGAAGGUGGACCCUGCUCAGAAGGAGAAGGAAGAGGUUGGCCAGUGGCUCACGAACACCAUUGACACCCUAAAUAUGCAGGUGGACCAGUUUGAGAGUGAGGUGGAGUCACUGUCGGUACAGACACGCAAGAAGAAGGGCGACAAGGAUAAGCAGGACCGGAUUGAGGGCUUGAAGCGGCACAUCGAAAAACACCGCUACCAUGUACGCAUGCUGGAGACCAUUCUGCGCAUGCUGGACAAUGACUCCAUCCUGGUUGACGCCAUCCGAAAGAUCAAGGAUGACGUGGAGUACUACGUCGACUCAUCCCAGGACCCUGACUUUGAAGAGAACGAAUUCCUCUAUGACGACCUGGACCUCGAGGACAUUCCACAGGCGCUGGUCGCCACCUCCCCACCCAGCCACAGCCACAUGGAGGAUGAGAUCUUCAACCAGUCCAGCAGCACGCCCACCUCAACAACUUCCAGCUCUCCCAUCCCACCCAGCCCAGCUAACUGCACUACGGAAAACUCUGAAGAUGAUAAGAAGAGAGGCCGCUCAACAGAUAGUGAAGUCAGUCAGUCUCCAGCCAAAAACGGCUCCAAGCCUGUCCACAGCAACCAGCACCCCCAGUCCCCAGCUGUGCCGCCCACCUAUCCCUCUGGCCCCCCACCUGCCACUUCUGCCUUGAGCUCCACCCCUGGCAACAAUGGGGCCUCUACCCCAGCAGCACCUCCAAGUGCCCUGGGCCCCAAGGCCAGUCCAGCUCCCAGCCACAACUCGGGUACUCCUGCCCCCUAUGCCCAGGCUGUGGCCCCACCCAAUGCCAGUGGGCCCAGCACUGCCCAGCCCCGGCCCCCCAGUGCCCAGCCGAGCGGGGGAAGUGGUGGUGGCAGCGGAGGGAGCAGCAGCAAUAGUAACAGUGGCACAGGCGGAGGGGCUGGCAAGCAGAACGGUGCCACCAGCUACAGUUCAGUUGUUGCAGACAGCCCUGCAGAGGUGGCCCUGAGCAGCAGUGGGGGCAGCAGUGCCAGCAGCCAAGCCCUGGGGCCUACUUCAGGCCCUCACAACCCAGCUCCAAGCACCUCAAAGGAAUCCAGUACGGCAGCCCCAACGGGGGCUGGGAAUGUGGCUUCAGGCUCAGGGAACAACUCAGGGGGACCCAGCCUCUUGGUGCCACUGCCUGUGAAUCCCGGCACCUACAUCUACUUUGACUACGAGAAGUGGGGCCAGCGGAAGAAGGAAGGCUUCACCUUUGAGUACCGCUACCUGGAGGACCGGGACCUCCAGUGA